AAGCGGCCGCCGAGGUCAAGGCCCGGGUCGCGGACAAGGGGAAGGGCAAGAUGGUGGUCGAUGAGGAGGAAGAAGGCGACGAGGAAAGCGACGAUGAGGAGGAUGACGAGGAGGUCGAGGGAGAUGGCGACGAGAGCGACGGCUUAUGCGAGGAUCCCCUCUCCGAGGUCGACCUCAACAACAUCCUGCCCUCUCGGACCCGCCGCUGCGCCCCAGCACAGCCUGGGGCGUACCUGGUGCCACCAGAGGAGGCAGGGGAGGAUGACGAGGACGAUGAGGACGCAGACGUCGACAUGGCUCCCGGGGAGGAGAGCGGCGACGGGGAGGAGAGCGAUUAGGGUCGCAGCUGGACUAACUCGCCUUCGUCUCGCGCUUGUGAUGCACAGAAAUGUUUCUAUGAACUGUUCCCUUGUGGAAGUACAUUUCUGCGAUUGCAUCCAGUUUAGGCCUUUAGGUACCUUAUUUAUGCAUCAUGAGCGUUUAAUUUCGAGGUAUGACCUAAUUUAAGUGUUUUUAUCGAGUAAACAAGUAUCACUGCUGGUGCUUCUGGAUUAUGUUUCCGCAACCUUGGUCUUGCUUACUGAGAUAACUAGAUCUAUUCAUGCUGUGUA